UUGAAAUUCAGUAGUAAACAAAUAAAAUAGAGGAGAAAACAAAAUCUGAAAAUCAAAUCCCAGUGUGUGUUGUGUCUUCUUCCACACCCCAUUGCAUUUCAGAGUCAAAGUUUGAAUCUUUACAUGUUUCUCUCUCUGUGUGUUGUGGAUUGUUGUUCACUCUCUCUGUAUAUAAAUUGGAAUUGCAAGGUCAAAAACUCCAAGAAACUUGGUAGGUAGGUAGAGGACGAAACAACCAAGAGGAUCCCAAUUCUCUCAUCAUCUUCUUCCAUCAUGGCCCCAAACAAGCUCAAUCCUCCGGGAAAUGAAAAUAUGUCCUGUUCACAGCCUGAGAAUGGUUUUAUCAGUUCCUUUUCGCUCUUCCCUGAGAAAGCGGUGCAAGACCUUCUUCAGUCUCCAGUCCAAGGGUCGGAUGACCAUCUUGUAGAGUUCUCUGAAGCUUUAAGAACCGUCGCAAAGGCACUUAGGCGAGCUGCCGAAGGAAAAGCUUCUGCUCAAGCUGAGGCUGCUGAAUGGAAACGUAAAUUUGAGUUGGAGAGGAUGCGGAAUCUACAUAUUGAAGACAAAGAGAACUCAUGCCUAGAGCAACAGGCUGAUCUUGAUGUUUUGAAGGCAAAUAACCCUGCCAAACAUCCUACAUUGCAUAAUGAAGCUAAUGGGCAGUCUGAAAAUGAAGCCAAUGGACAGUCUGAAAAAUGUUGUUCAAGGAACGGUAUUUGUUCCCAUGGGGUUCUUAGGGAUGGAAAACCCAAUUCUGAUUCCAAGAUGAUCAGAAAGGCUUCAUUUAAACUUUCAUGGUUCUCUAAAGGUGAACAGAGUGAUCAACACAAACAUGACAUUGUCUCUUUUGAAAGAGGAAAUAUAACCACGGCAGAGCGCAGUAGUAAGCAGAUCUCUCUGAAAUGGGAGUCAUGCCCACAGACAGUGCUCAUACUGUCCAAACCAAAUUCCGUAUCAGUUCAAAUUCUGUGUGCUGAAAUGAUAAGAUGGUUGAGGCAGCAAACGAAACUACACGUCUAUGUGGAACCACGAGUCAGGGUGGAACUUUUGACGGAGUCAUCGUACUUUAACUUUGUAGAAACUUGGAAUGAUGAUAAGGAAAUUUUGAUGCUGCACACUAAAGUUGACCUCGUGAUAACUCUUGGCGGAGAUGGCACUGUCCUAUGGGCAGCGUCUAUGUUCAAAGGGCCAGUACCUCCUAUUGUCCCCUUUUCUUUAGGUUCCCUCGGCUUUAUGACCCCUUUUUACAGUGAAAAUUACAAAGAAUGCCUUGAAUCAAUUUUGAAGGGUCCCAUUAGUAUCACAUUACGGCAUCGUUUGAUAUGUCAUGUUGUACGAGAUGCAGCUAAAAGUGAAUUUGAAACUGAAGAACCAAUACUUGUUCUGAAUGAGGUCACCAUUGAUCGCGGAAUAUCAUCUUUCCUUACAAACCUGGAAUGUUACUGUGACAGCUCUUUUGUCACAUGCGUGCAAGGGGAUGGACUGAUCUUAUCUACAACAUCUGGCAGUACUGCAUAUUCUUUGGCAGCUGGAGGAUCAAUGGUCCACCCACAGGUUCCAGGUAUUUUGUUUACACCAAUUUGCCCCCAUUCGCUAUCUUUUAGGCCAUUGAUACUACCAGAGCAUGUCACUUUGAGGGUGCAAAUACCAUUCAACAGCAGAAGCCCUGCAUGGGCAUCAUUUGAUGGCAAGGACAGGAAACAGCUAGCCCCGGGAGAUGCACUGGUGUGCAGCAUGGCACCCUGGCCUGUUCCUACAGCAUGUCUAGUUGAUUCUACCAAUGACUUCUUGCGCAGCAUUCAUGAGGGUCUCCACUGGAACUUGAGGAAGACACAAUCAUUUGAUGGCCCCCGUGAAUCAUGACAUCACAUGAUCUUUGUGGUUUUGGCUUCUCUGCAGUCAGAUUCUCCUGAAUUCACUGCAGUUUGGAUUUCGUAACAACUAAACAUCCGAUUUUAGUUGUCUUAUCUCUCUAAAUCUGAGUACUCUGAUCUUAAUGUGAUGGUUAUGGAGUUUUUUACUUGAGUGAAUUUCAGAAAAUUCAAGGGCAGGAAAUCCAAAUCCGAUAUUUGUUUAUUAGUAGGUCAUCAGGGGCUACAGAGAAACUCUAGAAGCAACUAUAAUUUAGUGUGCUUUCAUCACUGUAUCAGAUAUAUGAAUAGCUACUUGUAGUUAUAAUUUAUUGCACAGCUAGUGUCCAUCGAUGAUCAUGAAAAUGUAAAGAUUGAGUUGUGGGAUUAUGUCAUUGCUGACAAGGAAACUGUAGAAACUGAAUACAGCUGUGGAAUAUAGAUGAUUAUAUAUGUAACAAUAUAAUAAUUUUAAUGUC